AAAACAGGAAGUUCGUCUCACGUGACGCUACGAGCAGCGCUGCAGCGGUCGUUUCUUAAGUGUGGCUUGUGUAGCUCGUUUAAGUAGAUAUUUUCUGUAAUAUUAGUGGACACAACCAUGGCGGGAGCCGACGAGUUCAUGAAGUACCGUUCACCGCUGGUGUCCAGAUACGCCAGCAAGGAAAUGGCUUACAAUUUCAGUGACGGGAAGAAAUUCACAACGUGGAGAAAACUCUGGAUCUUCUUGGCCAAAGCCGAAAAGGCUUUGGGCCUGCCCAUCACCGACGCUCAGAUCCAGGAGAUGGAGAGCCAUGCCGAGGACAUCGACUUCGCCAUGGCAGCCGAAGAAGAGCGCAAACUCCGACACGACGUCAUGGCUCACGUGCACACCUUCGCCCACUGCUGCCCCACAGCCGCUCCCAUCAUUCACCUGGGAGCCACCUCAUGCUACGUUGGAGACAACACUGAUCUCAUCAUGCUGCGUGAUGGUUUUGACAUCCUUUUGCCUAAGCUGGCUCGAGUCAUUGACAGGCUGGCAAACUUUGCAGAGAAGUACGCAGACCUUCCUACACUUGGCUUCACGCACUAUCAACCGGCCCAGCUGACCACCGUAGGGAAGCGAGCGUGCCUCUGGCUGCAGGACUUGGCGAUGGACAUGCGGAACCUGCAGCGAGCUCGCGACGACCUUCGUUUCCGAGGGGUCAAAGGGACCACUGGCACCCAGGCCAGCUUCCUGCAGCUCUUUCAGGGGGAACACGACAAGGUGGAGGAGCUGGACAGGAUGGUGACUGAGAUGGCUGGUUUUCAAAAAGCCUACCUGGUGACGGGGCAGACGUACAGCCGUAAGGUGGACAUCGACUCUCUGUCCAGUCUAGCCAGUCUAGGAGCGACUGUUCACAAGAUCUGUACAGACAUCCGUCUGCUGGCCAACCUGAAGGAAAUAGAGGAGCCUUUUGAGAAAGAGCAGAUUGGUUCUAGUGCUAUGCCCUACAAGAGGAACCCCAUGCGCUCAGAGCGUUGCUGCAGCUUGGCCCGACAUCUGGUGGCGCUGAUGUCCGACCCGCUGCAGACUGCUUCAGUCCAGUGGUUGGAGAGGACGCUGGACGACAGCGCCAACAGAAGGAUUUCCCUCCCGGAGUCUUUCCUGACAGCAGACAUCAUCCUCAGCACCCUGCAGAACAUCACAGAGGGUCUGGUGGUCUACCCAAAGGUUAUUGAGAGACACAUCCGCCAUGAGCUCCCCUUCAUGGCCACAGAGAACAUCAUUAUGGCGAUGGUAAAGGCUGGAGGCAACAGACAGGACUGUCAUGAGAAGAUCCGUGUCCUGUCCCAGGAGGCAGCGGCUGUAGUUAAACAGGAAGGUGGGGACAACGACCUGCUGGCCAGAGUGCAGCGAGACCCCUACUUCACACCCAUUCUGGGGCAACUGGAGGCCCUGUUGGACCCCAAGACGUUUAUUGGCCGAGCGCCACAGCAGGUUGCCAGGUUUCUGUCUGAAGAAGUGCGCCCCCUGCUGGAACCGUACAAGACCAAGAUGGACGUCAAGAUUGAACUGGAGCUGUAACACACGUGCCUACCUUUACAUUCUGUUACUGUCCGGAGAAAAACAGUCCAUCGUGGUGUUUGUGCACCAUGACUACUGAUUUUUACCU